UACCAAUUCCCGUCGGCUACGGUACGAAGCACCUCCGCUCUGGGCAAUCCCCAUCGACGACCUUCACCGGCCAAUGGCUGUGCGAUGGACACAGAUCAUUGCGUUUCAAUGCGGCCCUUCUCUCCGGUCUGUAAAUAUGCCCUCAUAGAUGGCAGUGGUCAGCAAAUUCCUGUCUGUACCAAUGUGGUCACCUUUGCCAGUCAUCCCGGUGACUUCCAAUUAACGGAGGGAGGCGGCACAACUCUUUGUAUUGCCCCCGACUACCAGCCCAUCCCCAUUAACUAUGUAAAUUUGCCCGUUACUGCAGAGACACCGUCUCCCACGUCCUUGGAACGUGUUGCUGUGGUGACAGCACCUGAUGUGCCCCCGGACAGCGAUAUAAUUGUCAACACACAGGUCACACACGUCUAG